GAUAAAAGCUAGACCUUGCACUCUGACUAGGUCUAGUGUCUUUGAACGCUAGCGAAAAAAAAUAAAGUGUUCACGUCAGCUGCCGCAACCUCGUUAUACACUUCUGGUCGCAUUUUACAGUCGCUGACUUGCCGCAUUCAUCGGCCCAUAAGAGUCUGGCAUGCAUCGCCUGCUGCGGAGACCCCUAUCAACACCAUCCUUCACUGAGGCCGCCGCACGCCUCGUGCGAGGCGCCACGAAAGCAAAUAGGGAGGCGCGGGGCGCCACAAAACAAAAUAGGGACGCGACACCAAAACGGCCGGAGGCCACCCACAAACGCGCUGCAUCAAUCGUCCAGCGCAAGGCCGAGGCGCGCGUCGAGCACGCGCUCGCCGCGGCCGUCGCCGAGCGGCGCCGCCGCGACGCCUGGCGCCCCCCACUGACGGAGGUGGAGGUGUCCGCGGUGCGCCUCAGCCCGGACUUUCGCGAGGCGACCGUGACGUGGCGCCUCGCUGAGAGCCUGCGACCGCCGCGGAGCCGCUUCUUCGCCGACGCGGCGCCUCCUCUCCAAAACCCGGACCGCCUCGAGGCGGCGGAGGCGGCCCUCGCCCGCGUCGCCGGUGGUCUGAGAGCGGAGGUCGCGCGCCGCGCGCGGCUCCGGUUCGCGCCGGCGCUCGUCUUCCGCCACGACGCGCGGCGGAGCGCCGAGGGCUUCGCGCCGGAGCACCUCGCGGGGCUUGUAGUGGGGGAGGGGCUCGGGCCUCGCUGAGCUGACUGUGGUGUCUAAGGUGUUGUUCUUGUG